GCUAUACCACUGUUAGUUUAGUUAACUUGGCAUUAGGGACCACGCUUUUUAAAACUAGGUUUUUAAAUCAUCCUAUAUAAGACUAAAAACGUUUUCGCAACUAUCAGGAAAUCAGAUAAGGUUAUGAUUAGAUGUAACAUUGAACGAUAUUGUUAAAAAUAUCGCAAAUACGAUUCGCUAUUGUGUUCAUAACUUGUGUAAAAAGUUACAAUAAAAAGGAAUUUUAGAAGAAAUAAAAGUGCUUGUUGUUAGUGAAGUUGCAGUCCAAAAGUGAUAAACGGACAACAUUUAAAAAGUAAAAAAAAAACAAAACGAACAAGUAACGUUUGUUGAAGUGUUUUGAACAGUGUAAGACAUAAACAGUGAAAACAUAGUGCGUAAAAUAUUGGUUUUUUAAUAUUAUUUGACAGAACAAUCCGCGAUAGCACCGCCUCUAUAACACUAAUUGCAAAAUAUUUUAAGACCGUGCACAUCUUUGAGAAAACAAUCGUAAAACUGUUCUAUUGUCGAUUAUUGCAGCGAAUUCAACUGUUUAGUUGCACAACUAAAAAUCGACUAGUAACCUCCAUAUAAAUCCAAAGCGAGAUAUAACAGAAGAAGCAAUCAAGCACUUAAACCAAAACAAUGAGAAAAGUGGAUGAAUUAAGAUACAAGUUUCAAGAGAAAUUAAAAGAUGGCGUACCAAACCCACCGGGAGAAUUUGACACAAAAGACAUCGAGAGAGUUAAAGACAAUAAAUACAUGAAUAGAGUGAUAGAACAUUGUGAAGGUAAUGUUGAGUUAGGUUUAAAAAUGCUUUGGUCGACUUUAAUGUGGCGGAAAAAUAAUAAUAUAAAUAAUAUUAAAAAUAUUGUAAAUAUGGAGUAUGUUAGAGAAGGAAUAUUUUAUCCUAGAGGUAGAGAUAUCGAUGGUUGUUUAAUAUUUAUAUUGAAAUGGAAACUAUAUAAUAAGGGUAUUAAAAAAGUUGAUGAUUUGAAAAAUGUCAUCGUUUAUUGGUUAGAAAGGUUAGAGAGAGAAGAAUCUGGAAAACCGAUAACUGUAUUCUUUGAUUUAGAAGGAUGUGGUAUUAAUAACAUUGAAGUUGAAGUUGUUGCGUAUAUGAUAACAUUAUUAAAGAAUUAUUAUCCUAAAUUCGUUAAUUAUAUAAUAAUUUACCAAAUGCCGUGGAUAAUGACAGCUGGGUAUAGGGUUGUGAAAGGUCUGUUACCAACCAGAGCUAUUGAAAGAUUACGAGUUAUAAAUAAAGAUAAAAUAAAAGAUUUAAUUCCAAUAAAUCAAGCAUUAAAAUGUUACGGAGGCACCGAUGGUUACGAAUUCGAAUUUAUACCGGAAAGAAAUAACGGAAACAAAAGAGUUACAUUCGUUGAUAACGUUAUUUUAACGGAUAUUCAAAUAAACCCUAACGAUUAUCUAACGUUUACCAUAGACAGUAGUGAUUUGAAAUCGGAAUUAACCGUUACAAAUCCGAAUAACGUUAGAAUAGCGUUUAAAAUAAGAACGACUGGUCCGGAAAAGUUUAAAGUGAAACCGACUUCAGGCGUUUUAGCUGGAAAUGGGAUGCAAAAUAUUUUAAUUAUAGUUUUACCUGGAUUCGAUCGUAAUGAAGUUGUUAAAGAGAGAUUUUUGAUUCUAUCUACGUUAAUAGAUGACAAUUUAACACAGAAACAAAUAGACGAUGUGUGGCAGAAUCCAAAAGCUAAAAUUAAUGAAAAUCGGUUAAAAUGCAAACUUUUUGUUGAAGAAAAUGUACUACAGAAAUCAUCGAUGAUGGAAUCACUGGGUACUCUUGACAGAAAACACUUUUAUUUGAGUAGAAGUAUCGAUGUUUUAAAGUUAUUUGAAAUUUUAACACUCGGUUUUAGCAUACUUUUAGUAGUUUUUGGAUAUCUAUUGUAUAAACGGACUAGAAACGUGUAUUGUGAAGUUUGAAUGGUGCAAUAGUAUUUGUUUCUUAGUGUUAUUUAAUAAAUAAUAA